AUGUCAGAGGACCAGCAGUCUUGCGGCCAACGUCGUAAACCGGUUGAUGCCCUACAACUGGGGCCCAGGAAAAGGCCCAGUGCGACGGAUCCGUUGGUUCAUUACGGUCGUCAUUUCGGGCGAACAGCGCUUCUCACAAACGGAAUCUUACGGAUGGGAGAAUUAGCCGACACUCCGGAGGAAAACUUCACAGCCGAGGAACGACGCGAGCAUCGUGUUUUUCAGGAACUUCUCAAGUCUGUCGCAGGCCUGGAAGAGCGUUUGAUGCAGGGCGGAGAUGAUGAGCUCACCAAAGGCGCAUCUGGAGCAAGGGGUGAUGAUACAAAAAGUCUCAAAGGCAGUGUCCUCGAUUGGAUUACCCCAAAGGGACAAAAUCUCAUUCCUCCUCUCGCUCGCAACGUGAAAGUCGACCGAGGUUUUCACCACGAACGGACAGGCGCACUACUUUGUCCUGCUGGCCUCGACUGGUCUAACUCUGAGACGAAAGCUAAACUAAAGAGUGGUGAGAUCAUCGUGACUGGAGACCAGUGGCCGUUAUUCUUGUACGCAGACUACCAUUAUGAUCCCGAGGAUCCAUGGAAUGGUCUGUUUCGAAGCGCCUUGCUAGUUUGUGCAUACAGAUACGUCUUCACGUCCCCCAGUUCUGUGGACAAAGAACCAAAGGCAACUCGUUCAGGUAACGCUAGGAUUCAUGGAAUGACCCGAGUCACACUGCCCUCCAUCGCAUAUAUUUCAACGCAGAUUCGAUUCGCGCUCACCUCAUCGCCUGUGUUUUCGCGUACAGAUACAGUCACCGACUCGGAAAGGUUCUACAAUUCCAUUUUAGAUAUUUUCGAAGACCCGGACGAGAAGCAAGAAGUGGAUGACCUUACCGUAUGGUGGAACAGGCAAGUUUUCCCUUCAUUCUCGACCGCUCAACGUCCCCUCGUAAAGAAUAGUGCAUUGGCGAGAAUUCGGGAGAGGCGAGCACGAAUGAAUGUGGUUUCAGUGCCUGAUGGUGACGGCGGCAGUGUGUAG